CGCCUCGACUCGCUCCGCUCGCCCGUUGCCCGCCGCCCCUUCCUCCGUCGCCGCCGCCAUCUCCGAACAAGACCGCUCCGCGCCGCGCCUUCCUGCUCCCGGCCCGCCUCGUCGUCGCCAACUCGCCAUGGGCAAGGCCUCCAAGGACAAGAGGGACAUCUACUACCGGAAGGCCAAGGAGGAAGGAUGGAGAGCUCGCAGCGCCUUCAAGCUCCUCCAGAUAGACCAGGAGUUCAACAUCUUCCAAGGAGUGAAGCGUGUGGUUGAUCUGUGUGCUGCUCCUGGAAGCUGGAGCCAGGUUUUGAGCCGCAACCUGUAUGUACCAGCAAAACAGUCCCCUGAUUGCAAGGAAGGGGACCUUCCUCUCAUUGUUGCAAUCGACUUGCAACCGAUGGCCCCAAUAGAAGGUGUUAUACAAGUGCAGGGAGACAUCACUAAUGCCCGGACGGCCGAAGUGGUUAUUAGACAUUUUGAUGGAUGCAAAGCAGAUUUGGUUGUUUGCGAUGGUGCUCCUGAUGUUACUGGCCUUCAUGAUAUGGACGAAUUUGUUCAGUCCCAGCUUAUACUUGCGGCGCUUACAAUUGUGACUCAUGUACUCAAAGUUGGUGGAAAAUUUGUUGCGAAGAUCUUUCGGGGUAAAGAUACAAGUCUCUUGUACUGCCAGCUAAAAUUGUUCUUCUCACAAGUUACAUUUGCGAAGCCUAAAAGUAGCCGGAACUCAAGCAUUGAGGCGUUUGCAGUUUGUGAGAAUUAUUCACCUCCUGAAGGGUUUAAGGAGGAAGAUCUUUACCACCUGCUAGAAAAAGUGGGGACUCCUUCAGGAGCUGGCGAUUUAGAUUGCAGAAGCGGAUGGCUCGAGGGACCUAACAAGGUCUACAUUCCAUUUCUGGCCUGCGGGGAUCUCAGCGGUUACGACUCGGACCGAUCAUACCCGCUCCCGAGCAUAGAAGGCGGCUCCUACAGGAGCUUGGAUCCGGUCCAGCCUCCCAUUGCCCCGCCUUACAAAACCGCCUUGGAGAUGAAGAAGGCUUCCAGCCACGGUGCUAGUGUAGAUACCAUCAGACCAUCUGCGAACUCUUGAAUUGUGAUGUGGAUGCAGGAAUUGAGAUACCAUCAGACCAUCUGUUUUCAUGCAACCACCGUGUUACAUGGUGUAGGAAUUGAGACACUGUCUGGCUAUGAUGUUGCCCAACACUGCUAGUGUAGAAAAUGAUGAGGUGAAACUUGCGCUGGAUCCUGGAUUUUGGCUACUCCGAACCUGAUCUGAGAAAAUUUAGAAUCCAAAUGCUUACAAGUAAUUUUAACCUGUGGCUCUGUGCAAUAUGUACCUGAUCAGAAUAUCAAUUAUCUUGAGAUCA